UGGGGGGAACCUUCCAUGGGUGGGAACAACUAACCAAAGCAAAGUGGUUACCUGAAGAUGUCUGACAAUGCAGAAUCCCCAAUAGAAACGCAAAAAGAUGAGUCACAACCGCUGUCAGACGACGCGACGACAAAUGAUGAUAAGAAAAAAAUUGAUGUUCUGCUGAAGGCAGUGGGAGACACUCCUAUAAUGAAAACAAAGAAGUGGGCAGUGGACAGGGGGAGGACAGUACAGUCCUUGUCUCAGUUCAUCUCUCGCUUCCUCAAGCUUGACAGCAGUGAACAACUGUUCAUUUAUGUUAACCAGUCUUUUGCCCCCUCACCGGAUCAAGAAGUAGGGGUCCUCUUUGAUUCUUUUGGCAGCGAUGGCAAGCUGGUUCUAUAUUACUGUAAAUCUCAAGCCUGGGGUUGAACUGCUUUCUUAAACUCCAUUUCGGACCUCCCCCUUUCCUAAAUUCAUCCUCCAAACAUGCAAACAAUGUUGUUUUUUCUUUCUUUUUUCUUUCACUUUUUCUGUACAUACAUAUUGUAAAUAAAUUAUUGUGACUA